CAAGACAAUUAAGAAAACCACAUGGACCAAACAUAACACAAACUCCAAUUGCUCGAAUAAGUAGGACUGUAGGAGUCAGGUACAGUAAUUCGUGGUCACUUCGAGGGGUCGUAAUCGUCGAGUUUUUUCAUCGAUCAUACACACCGCAAUGUCGAUCAACCUCAAAUCAUGGGCUUGUUUCACCGCAAACCCAAUCGAAACCCUAAUUCCGUCCCUCUUUUCGGCGUUCUCCUCGUUCUUCUUCUUCUUCUCACCACCAUCUUCCUCUUCGAGGUGGACAACUUAUCAACACAGACCAAAACCAUCAUUGGGUACAACUUGCAACCAACACCUUGGCAUGAGUUUCCCGCCAAACAAUUCAAUAACGAAACAAAGAUUGCCAGAGCUUCAAAGAUCAUACAAUGCUCUUAUUUAUCAUGUGGUAUGAUGUCUCACAAUGAUAAAGUUCCGUUCACUGGUAAUUCAGACAAGUGUCCAGGUUUUUUCAAAUGGAUACAUCAUGAUCUCGAGCCAUGGUCCGAAACCCGCAUUUCGUAUGACCAUUUGAUGGAGGUUAAGAAGUUUGCUUCUUUUCGGGUUGUGAUUAUUGGUGGGAAGUUGUAUGUGGAGUAUUAUUACGAUUGUGUGCAGAGUCGAGCGAUGUUUACGAUAUGGGGGCUUUUGCAGCUGCUUAAGAGGUACCCUGGGAGAAUCCCGGAUGUUGACUUGAUGUUUGAUUGCAUGGAUAAUCCUAUAAUCGAAAGGAAGGCGUCGGUUAAACCCAUGCCUAUUUUUCGAUAUUGUACCACGCCUAAUCACUAUGAUAUUCCGUUCCCGGACUGGUCUUUUUGGGGCUGGUCAGAAAUUAAUAUUGGACCGUGGGAAGAAGAAUUUCGAAGCAUUAAAGAAGGUUCACAGAAACAAAGUUGGAGUAAAAAGUAUCCGUAUGCGUAUUGGAAAGGAAACCCGGAUGUUGAUUCUCCAAUUAGAGAAGCACUGCUUCAGUGUAAUGAUACGACACAAUGGGGUGCGUUAAUCAUGCGUCAGAAUUGGACACAGGAAAUACAACACGGGUUUAAGCAGUCAAAACUAUCAGCCCAAUGCAAUCACCGGUAUAAAAUAUACGCGGAGGGGUAUGCAUGGUCUGUAAGCUUAAAAUAUAUCCUGUCAUGUGGUUGUGUUCCGCUUAUCAUAAACCCAAAAUACGACGAUUUCUUCAGCCGGGGCCUUUUCCCCAAGAAAGAUUACUUACCGAUCUCUCCCGAAAACAUAUGUCCAUCCAUUAAAACCGCAGUCAAGUGGGGAAUCGCACGCACAUCCAGCCCAAGCAGAAGCAAUAGGAAAAUCAGUGCAGGAUUUUAUGGAGAUCGAUAGGAUGGAUAUACGAUUACAUGUACCAUUUGAUAGUCGAAUAUGCAGAGCUACUGGAUUUCAAGCCAGUUCGACCCAUAUCCGCAUUAGAAGAGUGUGUGGAAUCUUUACAUUGUUUUGCUGAUCAAAAUCAAACACAACUUCUAGCGAGAUCUGCAACUUCGCCUUCACAAAUCCCUCCCUGCAAACUCCCCGCGCAGGCUAACAGAUAGAUCGACAAAAGGAGAAAAAGAAAAUUAUAGAUUCUACACAACCUGGGUUGGAUCCUUGAGCCAAACGGGUUUUACCGGUAAUUUUACCGUCGUGCCUACGGGCGGGUGGGUUACCGGGUUUUCCCCGGAAUUGGUGGUGGACUCGGGUUACUCUCGGAGUACUCCGUUUGUUCAGUGGGUGCCCCGAGAGUGCUCGGGAUUGAGUUUGUUGGCCGUUCAAAAAAAAAAAAAAAAAAGAUUCUACACAACUUUUGAUGUAAUUAUGUAUGUUUUCAAGAUUGAUCGUUUUAUUAAAGUUUAGAGAUUGCUAUCA